CUGAGCAACCGCCUUAGGCCUCGCAGGCGGGGAAACCACGCUUGGCUGGGCUGGGCGCUUGGGCGGCGGCAGAGCCGGUGAGGGGAGGGGGCAGCCCAUGGCCCCGUGAGGGGUGGGGGAAAGCGAGGAGGGUCGCGGAGCGAAGAACGAGAGAAGAAGCCUGAAUAUGACACACCCAGAAAGAGGGAGGCCCCCUCUGCCUCUUGGCCACGCCCCUUAACCACGCCCACCGCGCGUGGAGACCACGCCCCGUUUGUUUCUUUAUGCGCGCUCCCAAUGCCGCCAACGGGUGGCGUUCACUGCGCAGUCGUGCCUUGCCAGCUGAGACGUCUGCACUGACGACUCUUGGGUGGAUUUAAUAACAAGAGUAAUGAUGAUGAUGUCUGGCUUUGCAAUCCUCAGUUUGCAAUCCCCCAAAUGUCUACCUAGAAAGAAUGGCAGCUGGGAAGAGAUUGGCAGGUGGCUGGUACUGGCCAUAGGAAUGCAGGCUGCCUACACUGGCUGGCAGCAGCUCUUCAGGGCUACAGGGUCUCAGCCCUGCCUGGAGAUGCCAGGGGUUGAAACUGGGAGGGACCUUGUGCAUGCAAAGCAGCUGCCCUCCCACUGAGCUGUGGCCCCUUCCCUUAAAGGAAAGCAAGAUCCCAGUCCUCACUGUUCUAAAUUAAGAGGUGUUUACAAAGAGACAGCCUUAUACUGAGAUCAUUUGUCCACCUAGUUUAGUGUUGUCCACAGUGACUGGGAGCCGCUCUCCAGCAUUUCAGAGUGAUCAACAAAAACGUCUGUUGGAUGCAUCUAGCAAUUAAACCUUGCAGCUCGGAAAUAAAUAAGUUUACACCGCAUCCCUACCUGUGUUUUAGAGGGCCAUUUCAUUCUUUGUUAUAACAGCAGUAGCUGAGCUCUCACAGCCAUGGAGAAACAGGCCACCUUGAUGAGGAAGGGCUUCAAUGAAUUGCAGGAGAUAGGCAGCCAGAAACAGCAGCAAAAUAAUCCUGUGUGGACUCCUCCAGCCAGUGGCAAAACGAGGCCCAGCAAAGCAGGUCAAGCAGUCAGGCAGUACUACGAGAAGCAGGCUAAAGAUCAAGCGGCGCGUGCUUUGGGAGCUGGCUACACGCCCGAGGUGGACGAACUGCGGAAUUCCUUCCUUAUGCGUCCUGGAUGCCCGAAGUACAGCCACAGAGCUACUUCGACAUCUCACCUCGAAAGUCGCGCCGCAAAAUUCCACCUGCCCAGUAACAUCAGCACCAUAAGUCUGUCGUCUCAGCUGUCUUUGGAAGAUUGGAACUCAGUCUUUCAGAGAACAGAACUCUUGGAUUCGAAGAGUUACCUCCGAUAUUGUCCGGCUGCAUCUACUCAGAGCUUGUCCAGAUUACCUAAGUGGAAAAGCUUCACGGAAGGCUGUAGGGACGCUUCCCUAACAAAAAGCCAAACCCACGUGGGGGGCAAACUUCCAUGGUACAUCACAAUGCUGCAAGAAAAGGACACGACUCUCCAAAAGCUGGCGGAGGAGCUGUUCCAUCUUGCCAGCUGCGAAGUGGAGUGCGCCCGGAAGGACGACGUGAUCUCAGUCCUCCGGGAGGAGCUGGAGGCCAUGCAGAAGCGGCUGGACUGUCUCCAGCAGGAGGGGAUUCUCGUCCCGGUGGAGGGCGCUGCCAAGAAGAAGACUGAGGAAGAAAAAGUGUCAUCAGAAUUGAGCGAUCCAAGCCCGCGCAGGCGAGGGGUCUCGCUGCCGGUGGUUAUGCAGCAAAAGAGCAUCCCGGAAGAGUUCCGGCAGGAGAUUGAGCGCUUGAAACUGGAGCUGACCCAUUCGGAUAAACUCCUGGACUCCAAGGUGGUGCUCCUGAACAAGACGCUGGUGCAGGACCAGGAGAAACUGGAACAGCUUGAAAAGGAGUACAUCGAAAUACAGGAAAAGGGGCGAUUGGAGGGCGAGGACGAGACGCGGACCGAAAGUGGGUCGAGGGAGGCUUACGAAGGAGAAGUGGAGCCAGAAGGAGUGGAAGAGUCAGAGUCGGAGCUGAUUGUAUGCAAGCUCCUCGAGUUCCAGAGGAUGAAUGACGAGCUGUAUGACGAAUUGGAGAACGUGAAAAAUGAUUAUGACAUUGCUACAGGUGCAAUUUCUUCCUUGCAAAGACAGCUGUCUUUUGAGGCAUCCCAGCUCCGGAAAGCUCACGCGGAGCGGGAAUUGUUGCAGAAGGAGCUGAGAGAGCGAGGAGAUCAGCUGGAAGCCAUGUCUAAUAAGUUUUGCAACCUGCGAGAGGAGAGGAAACAUGAAGAAAUGAUGGGCUUCAUUGAGAGAGAGAAUUACAAGCUCCGGCAGGAUGUCUCUGACCUAGAAUUCAGACUCUCUGAAAAGAGCCAGCUGAUUGACGACUUGCAGAGUAACGUCAACCGGCUCCAGGCCGAGCUGGUGGUGAACCAGCACCACAUUGGGAACCAGCUGAGCCGGCAGAACGAGCUGCAGAGGCAACUGGAGAUCUUGCAGCGGGCAGAGCAGCAAACAAGAGUCAUUCUAGAGAGCGUCAGUGCCAGGUUUGAAAGAUUUCGAAGCAAAAUAAUUCAGGCCACCUACAGUACUCCGGGCACCAAAUCACCCCAAGCUGAAAUCUCUGACGACGAGGUUUUGGAGGCCUUGCAGAAAAUAAUAACAGACCGUCUCGACUUUCACCAGUUGCUGAAACAGAAAGGGGUGAAAGUCCCAUCCCUGACUGCCUCUGAAUCUUCCACUCCAACUCCUCAUAAGAAAAAGAGCGCAAGCAAGUAGGGACUUGAAACCAGAAGUCUCUCUUCACACUCUCGUAAACUGCAUCUGUUCAUGGACAUCUUUUAUAUUCCUUUUCCUAACUCCAAUUAAAUGAUUGCUCCUUAACAUUUAGCUUUUCUCUUUGAUCCACUCUGCUCCUUGCUUAAGGAUGGGGGAGCAAUUAGAUUCCGUUGGCAUUUAAAAGGCGAACCUUCGCACUUUCUGAAACAAUAUGAAAACCAAAACACAUCCAGCUGCUUCUGCGUGGCCUUCACCUCCUCCCAGAGGACUGAGAUCAUGUCGUCCUUCUGGGCGCACUCCGCUUCUCAGUUGGCGAGGUGAGCAAGUUCUUUCCCCAGCGUUGGCAGAGUCGUCUGCUGGGGAGACAGGAAGGACAGCCAGGCUGAGACUUCAGAAGUACCUCGUCCAGUGAAAUGUCAUGGACAUACCACAAGGCUAAAAGCUGGUUGUACAACCAACUCCUUUGUUCACUCACAGGUAGGGAUAGGGAGAAACUCAAUUGUGUUUGCGUUUAAAAGGCAAAUUAUCAAAUUUUCAUUUUCCGAAACCUUAUGAGAUCUGAAAUACAGACGUCCUUUGAAAUUCAGACUUAUCCAAAUGUGGUGGUGCAGUUUUCCAACCAUCCAGUGUUUACAAAAAUGAACAUAUUAGCGGAAAGGUUGCAUAAAACUGAAUAUAUUUGUGAAAACAUACAAAAAUGGAAUGUAUUCGGGAAGUCUGCUUGCAAAAAUGUGUUUUUAGAAGAAAUCUGCACUAAAACGCUGAUUCAUUUUCGUGAUGAUUUUAAAAAAUAGUAAUUCACCAAUGCUAGUUCACCAAUUGCUACAGUAAUGUGGAGAACUGAAUUUGGGACUGGAAAGAUGAAAAACUGAGUGAACUGAAAUUGAUGGGUCCUUCCAUCCCUGCUCUUUUACUCUCUUUCCACAAAAAAAUCUACUACGAAUGGACUAAGAUGCUAAUAAUAUCUAUUAACACCAGAGCAGUCACGUCAUAUUGUCACAACAUUUGAAGAACUGGCCGUGAGAUGGUCUUGCAGCUUCUCAAAAUAUUUUUAUUAUUAGCAGUCUCCUACCUGGCAUUGCUUGGGGAAUCCUAAGAAACAGCAGCAAAACAAAAUCUGUGCACAUUUGAAAGCGGUGGUUAGAAUCAGUGCACUUUUGAAAGGUUCAGUCUGCCAUCGUGAUUCAAAACUGCGCCCGGUUGUAUCCAAACGGGACGAAAACCUCCUUGAUCUCGAGAACCACCCUGCAAAAUUUUGUGACCUCUUUUAAGAGGUGUCCCAACGCAUAGCAAACAACUGUUCAAAAUAUUUAGCAGAUGGCAUCUAUUUCCCAACUUUCUUCCAAGAAGCUCAAGGUGGCAUACAUGAAUCUCCCCCUCCCCAUUUACUAAAUACGGUGUUAGAAUUGUU